AUGUCCCAAGGUACUUUGUUUGUCAAUGACUUUCCAAGAGGUAUUGUUGCUAAAAGAUUGGUUGAGUUUUAUAAUCUAGAUGUUAAGAUUGAAUCCACUUCAAGCCCAACAUUUAUAAAGGAAUUUCCGUUAAAAAGAAUACCAGUUUUCAUUACAUCAGAUGGUGUAAAAUUGCAAGAAAUGACUCCAUUAAGUAUUUAUCUUGCUAAUUUCAUUAGUGAUAAAAAAGUUAAGGCUCAAUUGCUAAGUGAAGGUAAUAUUUUGGACCAAGCAUUACAAGGUAAAUGGAUGUCGUUGUCCAAUACUGAUUUUUUUACAUGUGCAGCUAAUAUAUUUUAUAUGUCUGUUGGUAACUGGCAAUAUUAUGAAGAAUUGGACGAAAAAUUUUGGAAAGAAGUUAACGCAGCUGCUUCAGUUUUCGAGGAAAGAUUAUCGAAAAAUAAUUAUUUAGUUAAUGAUAAUAUCACAUUAGCAGAUUUGAUUACAGGCGUACAAUGGGCAUUUUCAUUUCAACAUAUCCUCGGUGAAGAAUUCAGAUCUAAAUAUCCAAGUAUUGAACCAUGGGUUAGAAGAGUUAUUGGUGAGCCAAUCUUGAAAGAACAAUUUAAAGAUUUCAAAUUACUUGAAAAGAAUUGUGACUCUAAAUUUCAUUGA